GAGGUGCUGGGCGCUGGGUGGGCAGGUGGGUCGGAGUCUCUCGACAGUGGGACCGGUUCCAGAGGCUGUACCCGGCGGAGAGCGCGCAGUGACACACGCGGAGAGGACGACUCUCAUACCGCGCGGGCCGGCCUCCGCGCCCGUGACGUUUGUUAGUGUUGGUCGCUGACUGCUGAGUGUUGAUUGUUGAACUCUGUCCAGCCACCAUGUGGCUCUUACUGGGCUGCCUUCUGGCGGCCGCGGCUCCGGCCCUCGGCCGCGACUGCGAGAAGAUGAAGGUGCCGUUCUGCUCCAACAUGCCGUACGAUGAGCUGCGCCUGCCGAACCUGUACGGCCACACCACCCAGGAGGAGGUGAACCGUGCUCUGGAGCCGCUGCAGCAGAUGCAGACCUCCGGCUGCUUCGGACACUACUCGUUCCUGUUGUGUACCGCCCUGGCGCCGCCCUGUAUGGCCGACGUGGAGCGACCGGCGCCGUGUCGCCGCGUGUGUGAGAGGGCGAGGGACCGCUGCUACGGCCUGCUGCUGAUGUAUAACGUCACAGAGGCGUGGCCCGACUGUGACCUGCUGCCGAAAAACAGCGCCGACCCGCUCUGCAUGAUGCCCACCUCACUGACGCCCAGAGACAACUGUCACUGCUUGAAGAAGCAUCAGCCGGAGAAGCCAACUCUGGAGCUGAUGAACGACCGGGACUACGGCUAUUCAAUCAAGGCGCGCAUGGAUGGUUUCGCGCCGUCCCACUUCCCCUCGAUCCUGAGUGUGACGGUGCUGGACAUCUUCCGCGACGGCAUCGUGCAGAUGAACAUCGGCAACACGUCCUUCAUAGUCACCAACACGUCUUGCAAGUGCCCAGAGCUUGAGGCCGGGAAGGAGUAUCUGAUCAUGGGUCAUGAGGACCUGAACAGGACGGAGCUGUUGCUGGGGAAGGACAGCUACGUGGUGCCCUGGUCUGACCCCGUCCAGCGCAACUACGGCGCGCCGGCGCGCGAGGCAUACCAGGACCCGGAUCGGCGCACCUACUCGCGCCACUACCACAGCUACUGUAACCACCACGGCUACAGCCUGGGCUUCCACCGUCCGUCAGCCACCAACCUGCUGAUGGCCGGCGGCGCCUACGCCCUCUACAGACACUACAAGAACAAAAAGAAGCUCGGAAAGGUGUACGGCUAUCCCGGUUACGGCGGAUACGGCAGCUCGUUCGGAGCCCUGGGAGGUGGUGGGUACGGAGCGCUCGGCAACCCACGCGGCAAGUUCACCAACUUCAACACGUUCGGCGCGCCCGCGGCCGGGGCGGCCGCCUUCGGAGCUGCCGGCUACGGCUACAACAACUACAACAACUACAACCGCUUCGGACAGACCGGCUCCCAAGUGCCGUCCUACCCCAUCACGCACAAGCCCAACUUUGCCACCAACAAGCCCAGCUUCACGAACAAGAAUCUGAACCCGAGCUAUCCGGUGACCAGCAAGCCCUCGUACCCAGUCACAUCGAAGCCGUACCGCACUUCCAGCUCCAACACAAGGUCGCGAACCAGUCGGUGGCGCACCAGUCGGACCUCCAGCAGCAGAAGCUGGGGAUCACGAAGCAGAAGCAGCAGAGGAGGCUGGGGAGGCAGGUCAACUCAGUCGAACAACCGAUACACCCAGUGGUCUCCGCCGCGCACCACGGCACGGCCCAGCUACCCUGCCACGCGGCGUCCGGUCUACCCCGCCACCCGCAGCCCGUCGCGCUCCUCCCGUUGGAGCUCCCCCAGGUCGGGCAGCCGGAGCUCCUCCAGGAGCGGAUCCCGCUUCGGAGGAUCCCGCGGGAGUGUGCAACAGUCGAACAACCGUAACACGCAGCGGACUACGCCGCGCACCACGGCACGGCCUACCUACCCUGCCACGCGGCGUCCCACCUACCCUGCCACGCGGCGUCCAGUCUACCCAGCCACCCGCCAGCCUUAUCGUGCCUCCCGCCAGCCUUACCGCAGCUCUCGCCAGCCGUACCGCACCUCAAGGAGCUGGAGCACCUCCAGAUCAGGCAGCCGGAGCUCCUCCAGGUCGGGGAGCAGGAGCUCCUCCAGGAGCGGAUCCCGCUUCGGAGGAUCCCGCGGGAGGUUCGGAUAGGGAGCCGCCGUCUGUGGAAUUAUGGAAAUGGCGCUGUGACGAAGGAAUGGUCAGGGAUAGCGCCACGCCAAUAUUAGAGGAGUGAGACGAGUGGUAUCGGUGAUCGGUGCUUCAGACGAGCACAGGCCGUGCAAUAGUUGUGUAGUGAAUCUACGUAGACAAGUUGUAAUAGCCAGGUUAUGGAGCACAACAGUGCUAUCUUAUUUCACCUUAUGGAUCCUAGCAUUUUAAUAAGCUGUUUACCCAACCCCCUUUACAUGGAUUAACAGCUUACCCUUACGAAGUGUAUAGUGUCCAUUCCGCAAGAUGUGGAGUGGAUAAUUAUGCACCACAGCCCACAUGGUUUUACUCGUAGAACAAACAUCGAUCAAAUAAAAUGUGAUCACAU